CCUCAGCUGCGGUCCAAUCUCAAGCAUGGGCACUAAUGAACAUGGUGCGUAGUCGCAAUGUUUGGAACGUUCUGAUCUGUUGUUCUCGAAAUGAUUACUCAACUACUCAUCAACAUGCUGUAGCCAGCAAGAGAAGAGCAGACGCGUUAGAAAAGGAAGCUCCAGCCAAGAUCGCACGAGGAGCUAGUAAUGCUACCAUUCAUCCGUUCUUUACGUCACCUCAAGCCUCCAAGAAAUUCAAUAUCUCAUGGGAAGGAUCCAAUGAUUCCAUAUUAAGCGCCGUGACCCGUGAAUCGGAUGAUACUCGGACUAAAAUUGCUGCCUUUGAUCUUGAUGGAACGCUUAUAUUGACAGCGAGCGGUAGGACGUUUGCCAAAGAUGAAAAUGACUGGAAAUGGCUAAGCGCGUCUGUGCCCAAGAAGUUAGAAAGUCUACACAAGGAUGGGUAUGCUAUUGCCAUACUGAGCAAUCAAAAUGGACUGAACUCUGCAUCGAAAGUGACAGCCUUCAAGCGCAAGCUGGCCACUAUAUUAUCCCAGCUCUCCAUUUCAGUGAGGUUGAUUGCAGCAAUGAAGAAGGAUAUAAACAGAAAGCCGGCGACGGGCAUGUGGGAGUUGCUACAGAAGAGUGUCAAUGGAAAAAUAGAUCUAGGAGAGAGUUUUUAUAUUGGAGAUGCAGCUGGAAGAGCUGAAGGGUGGAAAGUCAAGGCGAAGAAGGACCAUUCAUGUGGCGACCGCAAGUUUGCAGACAAUAUUGGUAUUCAAUUCCAAACGCCGGAGGAGUUCUUUUUUAAUGAAUCGCCCGUCAAGUUUAGCUGGGGCGGGUUUGAUCCCAAGAAGGCGACGACAGAAGGUCCAGUGUGUUCGCCUGCCGAUACGCCACUUGUUCCAGAAGAUGGUCACCAAGAAGUGAUUGUUUUUGUCGGCUACCCAGCUAGUGGUAAAUCCACUUUUGCCCAUAAGCAUCUGGUGCCCAAGGGCUAUGCCUAUAUCAAUCAGGACACAUUGAAGACUCGAGAAAAGUGUAUAGCAGCUUGUCGUGCUGCUUUAGCAGAAGGGAAAUCAGUGGUGAUAGAUAACACGAAUGCAGAGAGAUACACUCGCGAGUAUUAUAUUAAAGCAGCCAAAGACAGGAACGCCAAAAUUCGAUGCUUCUGGUUCACUGCUUCGAGGGAACUCGCUGAGCACAAUAACAGCUACCGGGCGUACAAUGCUACUGAAGGUGGUCGUGAGUUACUAUCACGCAUGGUGUUCCAAAUGUUCAGCUCCAAAUUGCAGGAACCCAGUAUUUCCGAAGGGUUUGAAGAGAUUAAGAAGAUUCAUUUUAUAUUGGACGGCUCCGAAGAGGAGCGAAAAAAGUGGCAGCAAUGGUGGAGCUAGUGCUGGCUGGCCACAAUGUAUAGGUAGCAAAGCAAUGAAUAAAACGAGAAAUUUGAUUCACUUGUAAGCUACCCAUUGAAACCGCAGUAAGUUUGAUUUUCAAUUC